AUGGGAGCCAUGCGAAAGGAAGCGGGCGUGUGUGCGUUCCCGUCAUCGUCUGACCUGUCGACCCAAGAGAACACCGGCAGCCAGAAACCUGCGGUGACUGGACUUUUGGACGAAAGAGACGCUCAACGGGCCUCGAUUCCGCCUGCUCCCACUGCCGCUCCUUUUCUUCCCAACAAGUCGCCUGCUCGGAGCAGCCCGAGACCCGAGUCGCAAAACAAAGCAGCCCCGUCUAGCUCUGUUCACUCAGCUUCUUCUGGUGCUGUUCCUCAGAACCAGAACUCGGUUUCUUGUGCUGUGAGGAACUGGUCUUACUGGAACAACUGGGACGCCAACGGCACAAUGGCUGGAAUCGAGGGUCAUGACGGCGCUAUGGCUAUGGAGGGCACAACUAGGAAUGCUCGUCGGUGGUUAGCCCUCGCGGCUCUGGCUUGCAUGUGGACGAACGCUCAAGCUCCGUUAUUCAUGUUUGCCGGCGCCCCUGUUUAUAUCUACCGAGAGCUCGGCGGUAUCGACCACUGGGUGUGGUUCGUAUCUGCCAACCUUCUCGCCACGGCAGCAAUUUCCCCCUUUGUCGGCGCCUUGUCAGAUCUUGUCGGCCGUCGAUUUGUUGCCCUUGCUGGCAAUGCCUUGAUUGUCAUCGGCCAGAUUAUCUGCGGCGCUGCUACGAGCAUGGAUGCGUUUAUUGUUGGCAUGGCCAUCUCAGGUUUGGGAACUGGCAUCAACGAGCUCACUGCCUUGGCGGGCGCCGCCGAGAUUGUCCCCGUGUCUCGCCGCGGCUACUAUGUGGCGGCAAUGAUCCUCACCAUCCUCCCGUUUCUGCCGUCGGUCAUGUAUGCUCAGCUUAUUUCGGCGUAUUCGAGCUGGCGAUAUAUUGCGGUUGUAACUACUGGUUGGGCUGCUAUCGGUUUGGUCAUGGCCUUUUUGUUCUACCACCCCCCUCCACGGAUCGAUGCCCAUGCCGGCGAGAAGAGCGAGGUGCUGAAGAAGACGGACUGGGUUGGUGGGUUCUUGUCGAUUGCUGGGCUUGUGCUGGUGGAGGUUGGGCUGUUGGGUGGUGGUUACAAUAGCGCGAGGAUAUUGGCUCCUCUCAUAAUCGGUGCCCUGGUUUUGGUGGCCUUUGUGGUGUGGGAACGGAAAGGGGCCAGCCAUCCUAUGGUGCCGAGAGACAUGGGCAAGUCGCCUUGGACCUUGUGGCUGACUCUCAUCAUCACGUUCAUUUCGGGCGCCAACUUCUUUUCAGUGUUGAUGAUUUGGCCGAGCGAGGCGUAUAAUGUUCCCGUCGGAGUCGGUAUCCGUGGUAUGCCCUUCGCCUUUGGCACCAUGGCCGGAUGUGUCAUCUCCCUGGUGAUGCUUUCUUGGCUCAAGGGAAACAUCAAGUGGAUUCUGUUCGUCUCGUCAACAUUGAUGACACUGGGCUGUGGACUGCUGGCCAUUGCCAGAGUCGACAACAUUCAGACCGUGUACGGUGUUUUGUUCAUUGCCGGUCUCGGCGUGGGCGGAGUUGUCGUCCCGGCAUCGACAAUCACGGCCAUCAUCUGCCCCAGCGAUGUCAUUGCUACAGUCACCGCCUUGACUAUCGCCAUCAGAAUCGUAGGCGGUGCUAUCGGAUACGCCAUCUACUACAACGUUUUUGUGUCGAAGCUCCUCCCCCAGCUGAUGCAAAUUGUAGGCGGAACCUGCGUCAAGGUUGGGAUCGAACACGACAAGAUUGAACAGAUCAUCCAGAUGACGGGAGCGUCGCUGGUCAACGAGAUCAAGCACCUUCCGUUUGUGAACGAGACUCAGUGGCAUGCGAUUGUGGCGGCUGGUCAGGUGGCUUAUUCUCAUGCAUACCCCUGGGCCUAUUACUGCAGUAUUGCCUUCGGGGGUGUGUCGAUGUUGGCGAGUUUGUUUUUGGGGGAUCUAAAUAUGGAUGAUACGGUUGCGGUGGUUCUUUGA